CAAUGGAGAUGGCCGCCUGUCAAGCGAGCUUAUCCCUGGCCGAGGAUCUGACCUGCUCCAUCUGCCUGUCCCUGUUUUUGGAGCCGGUUCGGCUGCACUGUGAUCACAAUUUCUGCAGAUCCUGUAUCCAGAGGUGCUGGGCAAACCAGGGGGAGGGGGCGUCCUGCCCGGAGUGUCGCGCUGUUUGCCCCAGCAGAGGCUACACCAGCAACAGGGUGUUGGCCAAUCUCUGUGAGAAAGCCCGGCAGCUGGAGCUGAACCCGGGGCUGCAGCAGGAAGGGGGUUCCCGCUGUCUGGAACACGAUGAGAAGCUGAAGCUGUUCUGUCAGGACGACCAGGCUCUGAUCUGUGUCAUUUGUCGAGAUUCACCGGCACACUCAGGCCACAGCUUCCUGCCUGUCGCUGAUGCAGUGAGAAAGUACAAGAAUGAACUGAAAGAGCUCUUGAGUUCCGAGGACGACGACAUGAAAAUGAUCAGCAAAUUAAAACAAAAGCAGGCGAAGGAGAUUUCAAAACUGGAUCAAUUCACAGCAUCCCUGGAGGAAGACAUCUCCGCAAAGUUUGCCAAGAUUCACCAAUAUCUCAAAGACAAGGAGAAGCAGUCAAUUAAUCGGCUGAGGAGACGAAAGGAGGAAGACCAGCGACGAUUGGAAGAGAAUUUGAAACAAAUAGAAGAGGUUGCUGCACUUUUUGAAACCCUUAUGAGUUUUGUUGCGGACAAUGAGCAGAAUACUGGCAUCUCCUUUCUCAAGAAAUUGGAAAGAUUGAAAGAAAAAUACGAGGACAAAGUGAAGGAAUUGGAAAUUUUCCAGGACAACAAUGAGAUGGAGAUGGUGGAGUUUGAGAGAGAGAAGUACACAGGGUUUCAAAGUCCCUUACUGUGCGCAGUGUGGAAGGAAAUGAAACCAAUCAUUGCUCCAGAUGCUAUCUCCCUGACCCUGGACUCAAACACAGCACAUCCAGGCCUCAUUCUGUCUGAAGACCGAACCAGUGUGAGAUAUAGUAGCAAACAAUUACAGCUUCCUAAUAAUCCGGAGAGAUUCGACACGGCUCCGUAUGUCCUGGGAUUGCAGGGAUUCACUUCCGGGAAACAUUACUGGGAAGUGGAGGUCAAGGACAAGGCUGAGUGGGAAGUGGGAGUGGUCAGAAAGUCAGCCAGUCGGAAGGGAAAGAUAACACUAGAUCCUAAAACUGGAUACUGGAUUGUGUUGCUGAAAAAUGGGAAUGAAUACAGAGCCAGUCAAAGUCCAUUAGUCCCCCUGAGUCCGAGUGUGAAACCCAGGACCAUUGGAGUUUACCUGGACUAUGAGGGAGGGCUGGUGAGCUUUUACAAUGCUGAUGACAUGUCUGUACUCUACACGUUCACUGACACAUUCACCGAGAAACUCUUUCCUUUAUUCUCUCCUGGAGUGUACAAAGCAGGUACAAAUGUUGCCCCUCUUAAACUCCAUCAUUUCGGACCAUAGAUCUCUAAAUUCUUGUCAGAGCAAGAAGGGAUAGAGUGCUGAUAUUGACCCCCAAUAAGGUGAGAGAGGAGUAAUAUGGCCAUUUUAUGAAAUGUGAUCUGUGGAGUGAAGUAGAGAGUAGCUAAGUGUAGCUCAGCAACAAGAGCUUCCCCAGCACUGCCUAUGAGCCAUGGAAGCAGGAAUUAAGCCUCGUCCCAAAUCCUCCUUCCCCUUCAAGCAAGAUGCUGUGGCUAAAUCACUACAAGUUACCUUUAGUUUGGCUACUUAUUAAGAAAUCUCUCAGAUGGUUAAGUAUGAAAUGAAUGAUUUAAACAUUAUUGCAUGUAGCAGCCAAAAAAGACCCCUCAGGGAGGCAAGUUAAGCUUCACAACUCAACAGGGCUAUUAUCAAAACUGAAGUGAGGAGGAGUUUCUUCUCUCAAGAGGGUUGUGAGUCUUUGCACCUCCUUCCCACAGAAAGCUGUGGGGGUAGAGUCCUUGUGUAUAUUCAAGACUGAGACAGCUAAAUUCUUGAUCAGCAGAGGAAUCAAAGGUUUAUAGGGUAAAGGCAGGAAAGUAGAUGUUCGGAAUGUCAGACAGGUAUGGAAACCACUUUGAGGACCCUGACCAUGCUGUCCUCUGAGGUAACCGUUUUUUAGCAGAGUUGUUUUCUAACUGAAGUCGUUUACAAGAAUUCUUUUGCUGAUCUUGCAGUUGUAUCCUCUCACCCACUCUCUCUAUAUGGGAGCUCUGUUAGAACCGCACCACUAGUUAUCUGCUACUAACUUCUGCUAACAGUAUGCUACGUCACAGCCUAAUGUUGUUAGACCACCUCAUGUUGUUAGACAUACAUUGUUCUGUAACUAACAGUAGGUCAUUUGUAAUCCUAUAUAACCUGUGAGACCCUGUAGCUUGGCGGAGAGGUCGUGGUGUUGAGUGGUCACUGCUCUCUUCCCGUGAUAUCAUGAAUAAAUGUGUCAAUUACUCAA